UAUCGAGUGUUACACCAUGAGUUUGGCAUACGCUGACAGCGACGAACUCAUGGCAUACGCACACGCGAAUCGAUCCGCCGCUUUAUAUAGGAAACAAUUGUACAAGGAAUGCCUGAUAGACAUUGACGCGGCUUUGUCUCAUGGAUAUCCAAAAGAGAAGCAAAGAAACCUAAAGGACAGAGGUGACAAGGCGAUAAUGGAGAUAAAGAAGUUGCUGCAAACAGACUCGAAGGAUACCGAUCGUACAAAUUUAUGCGAUGGAAUUGAAAAGUCUACAGUAAAACUAGAAAACACUGAGUAUAUAGAAAAUGCAUCAACAAUGGAAAACAAUGGUCAAGGGACGCUGAAGAAGCGAGACGCGAUGACCAGCGAAAGUUAUCUUCAUUGCGCAACGAAAAUUCCACCGCAGAAACCGAGGUAUUUGCAAGAGGAGGAUUUUUCCAAGUUAACGUACGGCCCAAGCCGUGAAGUUCCUGCCGUCAGUGACGGUGUCACGGUAUCCUUCUCCGAAAGAUACGGUAGACACUACAUGGCAACACGGGAAUUUAAACCCGGCGAUAUAGUUAGCAUCGAAGAUCCCUAUGCACACGUUAUCUAUGAAGAACGGUAUUACACGCAUUGCCAUUAUUGCCUAUCCAGAAGUUACAAUCUAAUACCAUGCCCAAAGUGCCCGGUGGCUCAAUAUUGCUCCGAGAAUUGCAGAAAACUGGCGUGGGAAGCAUGCCACGAGACGGAAUGUCCCAUUCUAAAGCUGUUAACAAACUUGCUCAAUGUCGACAAGGAUAAAAUAAGAAUGAUCUCGAAGAUCAUUCGAUUGCUGAUCGUAGUGACCGAGAAUGGAACUCGAAUCGAGGAACUGCAGCAAGAUGUGAAAAUUGCAGAGUCUAAUCCAGACGAUAGAACGGCGGGAUUUACAGACACCGGAAUAUUAGACAGUUUUAGCGGCCGUUCCGCACUGAGCCUGGCGACCAACAUGACCACGAGACCACUGAUCGGAAUCAGCGCGUUCGCCUGUAUCUCAGCGCUCGCGGUAAUCCUUUUAGCCACGCAAACCAAAUUUUUCCAUAAAAAAUACGAGAUUGACGAUCUGAGGGACAUCAGCGAGUUUUCCGAGCUGAAAUUUGGCGCCAGCAUAAUGUUCCGUGCCUGCGUGAUAAUGUCUUCUAACUGUUUCUCGAUACAGCAGGAACCAGGGAUCGUGUCGGGCUCAGGCCUGUACGUGGCUCACAGUCUGUACAAUCACUCCUGCGCGCCGAAUACCUUUCGGCAUUUCGAGGGGCUGACGAUGAUCACGCGUGCCUUGACACCUAUACACCCCGGAGAACAGAUAUUCACCAGCUACGGCGGCGUUUAUGCGCACAUGUCGCGACCUGAGAGGAAGCAGAAGAUCCUGCAGGAUUACUUCCUCGACUGUGAUUGUCCGGCGUGCGAGAACGAUUGGCCGACGUACAACGAGAUUCUGCGGGAUCACAUUGGGUCCAUCGCCAAGAACAAACAGCUAGUGGAAAAAUUGAGGCCUUUCAGGGAGAGAUUACUCGCAAAUAUGUACGAUAUCGAGGCGGUGAAAGUCAUUCUCGAUAUAUUAUACAAGGAAGUCAGUAAACAUCCAUGCGAGGAAAUACUCCAUGCGGAGCAAUAUUUGAAGAGCUAUUAUUUGGAUCCAUGACUCAUAAAAAAAAUAUGAUGGUAAGUUGAUAAUCGUUUGGAGCAUUCUUUUCCUUAAAAUAUUAUAGAUUUUAACCAUAUAUUUUAAUUGUAAAAUAUCUUGUAUUUAAAUUGUAU